UCUGUUGUAGUUACGUCGUGGUUUCAUGGAGCAAUAGAUUUUAAUAUAAUUUGAACAAUUCAGUGCAAAAAUGUCCAAAAACAAUGGAAAGAAAAGCGACGACAAAUCAACCAAAAAGGAGGCCUUAGGAUUUGGAGACCAAAAGUGUUUUGACGACGGAUUGUCUGAGGGCGUAAAAAACGUUUACCGGUUGCAGAUACAGGACCUUGAGGAACGAUUGGAUAGAUAUAAACACAAAUGUGAUGAGUUGGAGGUGCAACAGAAGGACUUGUUCUCCAAGUAUACUACAGUUGAGAAAGAGAAGAAGGACAUAGUGCGCUACCUGAAGCGCUUGCUGGCCCAGAAGGAGGAUGACCUUAGAGACAUGUCAGAGCAAUUGGUGGGAUUGCAGCAGGCCAAGGACGAUGAGAAGAAUUCAUUUGAACUGCAGCUCAGUCAACUCCGCCAUGAGUUCCAGGACAAGAAGGACAAGCUCACUUCAGAGAACAUGGUCCUUGUAGGUAAGCUAGCAACUCUGGAGGAGUUCCGUGUGCAGAAGCAAGAGCUGACUGCACACCUGGAGAGCCUGAAGGAGCAGCUUGAGGAGCAGAGACGAGAGCACCAAACGGUAAUCUACAGCCUGGAGAGGAAGGCCGUGCUGGACAAUGACAGGUUAAGGAAGGAGAUGCAGCAACAUGUAGCGGCGGUGGCCGCAGAAUUCCGGCGUGUUUCAGACAAGAAGAUGCCAGAUACGGUGGUCAGGGCCUUCCAUGAGAACGUGUCUCUGACGGCUCAGCUUAGCCGGCUCUCCGGCAGGAGCAAGGAGCUGCUGGAGGAGAAUGAGGAUCUGAGAGAGAGGGAGAAGAGGGUCCGCCGAGAAAGGGAGGUGUCGGAGUCUCUCUUCAGCAAGAUGACCCGCAAGGUCAUCAGCAACGAGAAGGUGAUCCAUCAGCUCAUGGAAAAGUGUAAACAGUUGCAGGCUGAUCUGGAAGAGUGUGCGAGGGCUCAAAAGGAGCAUCGACAACUACAGAAGGACCAUGUUUCCCUGCUGGCCGAGACACAUGCACUAAGGCAGAUGCAGACCUCUAUGUUGGAGCAGUCAGAGAGGAACUGUGCAGAGGAAGACUGGCUGGAGGAUGACAGGGACGUGAGAGGGCACCUUGAGGCAGCUGGCUUGGCUUGCAGGCAGGCCCUCAAGUCUGACCAAGAGGUACCUAAAGUGGAGGACUCUGAGUUGAAGACUCAGGACAGUGCUGCUGUGCUCGGGAAAGGGGCUGCCAUGAAGGCCUUCAUCCCAGAGGAAGACUCCCUUUACAAGCUCAAGACCAGCCCUGGCCCAGAAAGGUCAUCAGGAAUUGGUCCUCUCCUCAAAGCCACCACCCAUCUGUCUCCCUUUAAGACGGGAGACCCGGGUCUCGUACCGCGGCCAACACUCAAAUACAACCACAUCUUGUCCCAGAUGGGACCCCUGUCAAAGAGCACACGCCUUCAACUGCACAGGAAACCCCCAGCAACCAAGACGAGGACAAGCUCAUCAAAACCCACUGCUCCAGGGAUGCUCUGUUCUCCGUCGAGGACACUCCAAGAAGUGUCGGUUUCACCACCGCAGGCCUCACCGAAACAGGGCGGUUCACUGAACCCAUCCUCAGAUGAGCAGGCUGGGCUGUAAAUCCAUUUAGUGGGACAAUAUCAAAUUAAAUCUUUUGCCACAUGAUUAUGGUAACUUUUUGGAAUAUGGUCUCUAAUGCAGUUUGUUUAUCAGCCACUAGGCGGAAUCAGCAACCCUUAGUUUAGAAUAUGUUGUUUUGAAUGAUAGGGACAAAGAUCAGUCAGCAAUUUCAAAGAUCAGUCAGCAUGAAAAAUCUCUUAAAACUGAUAUAUUCUGGUACGAGUUUGGCCAAAUUAAUUUGGGGCGAUAGACACCAGAAAAUGAACAUUGACAAGGAUGUACUGUCAUUGACCAUCUACUAAAUUCAAUAUAUAAGUCAUGAAGUAAUAAACAGUUGAAAUACUUGAUUUAAGUAUUUUGCAAGGUUUAUUGGUUGUUCGGGGAACAGGAGUGUGGGCUGUUUAUUAGUUGUUCUGGGGACAAGAGUGUGGGCUGUUUAUUAGUUGUUCUGGGAACAGGAGUGUGGGCUGUUUAUUUAAUCUGCCCAUCUCUCAUUGACUGGUGUUAAACAUUUUCAAGGUCCCAUUCAAAUACAAAGUCUGUGAGAACAUAUUUUUUUUCAUUUUUCAAUCUAAUAAAACCAGCAUUAAAGUUUACAAACCUACCCAACAAUUUUAGACAUUCACAAGUUAUAUGGUGCUAGAACCAUAUGUUCAUGGAAAUUGUAUUUACUGUGUAAUUUAAUGAAUUAGACAUCAAGCAUCCUCAUAGAAAUGCCAUAGCGAAGUCGACAGUAUAUUUGCAGUACAUUUUAUGCCAUGAUGUAGCCUUCUGAUUCAGUCUUGAUGUUCUUACUCUGUCAACUAUUUGUCUUUGUAUCCUUUUGAUAGGCGGAACACAUUUUUAUCAGGAACACUUCAGG